AUGGGUUCCAUUGGAGAAAUCAGUGAUGAGAUUCAACCAAAAAGUUACUGGAGAUUUAGCAAACAAGAUUUCUUACCAGAAGAAUCCUUCCAAAGCUGGGGGAACUACCGUUCUGCAUUGCGGCAGACAUAUAUCCGGUUUAAGGACCGUCUCAUCAGCCGCUCAGAUGAUGCCAAUGAGGUUGGGGAGCUUCGGAAACAGAGUGAGAAUGAGAUGAAACGUUGCCUCACUUGGUGGGACCUUACUUGGUUUGGAUUUGGUUCAGUCGUUGGUGCUGGCAUCUUUGUGCUUACUGGCCAGGAAGCCCAUGAUCAUGCUGGACCUGCCAUCGUCUUGUCCUAUGUUGCUUCUGGAGUUUCAGCAAUGCUCUCUGUAUUCUGUUACACCGAAUUUGCGGUUGAAAUCCCUGUAGCAGGUGGGUCAUUUGCUUACUUGAGAAUUGAAUUAGGUGACUUUGCAGCCUUCAUAACUGCAGGGAACAUACUGCUUGAAAGCAUUGUCGGCAGCGCAGCGGUAGCCAGGUCAUGGACUUCUUACUUCACGAGUCUACUGGAUCGUCCUUCCAACUCUUUACGCAUCCAUACGAAUCUAAAAGAAGGUUUCAAUCUCCUGGAUCCAAUUGCUGUUGGAGUUUUGGUGAUUGCUGCAACAAUUGCAAUUACCAGCACAAGGAAAACUUCACUGCUCAACUGGAUAGCAACAGCACUCAAUACUGCUGUAAUUUUGUUUGUCAUAAUUGCAGGGCUUGCUCAUGCCAAUACAUCAAAUCUCAAACCAUUUUUGCCUUCUGGGGCGAAAGGGAUCUUCCAAGCAGCUGCAAUAGUUUACUUUGCUUAUGGAGGCUUUGACAAUAUAGCCACCAUGGCAGAAGAAACCAAAAACCCAUCAAGAGACAUACCAAUAGGAUUGCUUGGAUCAAUGUCAAUCAUUACCGUGAUAUACUGCUUAAUGGCACUUACACUAAGUAUGAUGCAAAAGUUCACAGAGAUCAACCCAGAGGCAGCUUACUCUGUUGCAUUUCAGAGUGUAGGAAUGAACUGGGCAAAAUACCUGGUAGCACUUGGGGCCCUCAAAGGGAUGACCACCGUUCUUCUGGUAGGGGCGCUUGGACAAGCACGGUAUACUACUCAUAUCGCACGAGCCCACAUGAUCCCCCCAUGGUUUGCUCUGGUCCAUCCUAAGACUGGAACACCAAUAAAUGCAACACUUCUGAUCACCAUUUCAAGUGCUUUCAUUGCUUUUUUCUCAAGCCUGGAUGUCUUGGCAAGUUUGUUGUCAGUAAGCACCCUGUUUAUCUUCAUGAUGAUGGCUGUUGCAUUGCUUGUGAGGAGAUACUAUGUCAGAGAAAUCACACCACGAAUAAACCUCUUGAAGCUGGUCUUCUUCCUGCUAAUCAUUAUUGCUUCGUCCAUGGGGACUGCAGCUUACUGGGGACUGAAUCCCAAUGGUUGGGUUGGAUAUGCUUUAACCAUUCCUUUUUGGUUCUUGGGGACUAUUGGAUUAUCCACGAUGUUACCUCAACAGAGAAAGCCAAAGGUUUGGGGCGUUCCACUUGUUCCAUGGCUUCCAUCCUUGUCAAUUGCAAUAAACAUCUUUCUAAUGGGAUCUUUGGGUGCCGAGGCUUUUGAAAGAUUUGGUAUUUGCACAGUGGUAAUGCUCAUUUACUAUGUCUUCUUUGGUCUGCAUGCAACUUAUGAUAUGGCGCAUCUGCAUAGCAAGGGAGAAUCGAUGGCAGUUAAUAAUGAAGAUAUGAUUGGAAGAAAAGAAGGACCUUAA